GUUUUUAUAUUAUAUUUUUUUUCUUUUUAGUGUCCAAAUUUGUGUCAAAAAUAUUGAAAAGCAGAAGUCUAUUUAUGGGCCACCCUGUAUAGUAUUAGUAAAUAACGGAUCGGGAAAGCUAAGGACAUGUAAUAUAUAUUCCAACAAGUGUCUUCAAAACUCUCUUUGAUGUGUGAACAUAUAAGAUUUAUCUUACAUUUCAAUAACGGUCCACAGUCAAAGUGAGCAAUAGAACGAGUGGAAAGAGCGUGCACGACAGAAAAUUACGUUUUUCCUAUAAUUGAUGACAAAUAAAUUCAGACGCAUUUUAAAGAACAUCUUGGAAAAUGUUCAAUCGUCUCGAAAUAUGUUUCGCGAUUUUAAUCGUUGUUGUGGGCAAUGUAUCCGCUCAUUGGGCUGUUAAUUGCCCAAAAAAUAAGACAAUUUGCAGUUGUAAAUUAAAUGAGUUGGGAAAUUUCAAAAUAUUCUGUGAAGUCGGCGAAUCUGCUAUUGACAUUGAUGUUGUACCAGGUGCACCAAAUAGACCAAUUAAACUUGUGCAUAUUACAUGUGUUAAUUCGAAGUGGUCAGAUUUCAAUCUGUAUAAUUUAAUAAAAGGCGAAGUAAGGAAAAUAUAUUUUUCCGAAUGCGAUUUACCGAAAAACAACAGUUUGAAAACAAUUACAACAAUGUUAGGAGUCACUGACAUAAGGAAAUUAUUUUUUAACAGUGAGAAUGAAAAUGUGAUCUCUUUAAAGACAAUGCAUCUGAAAGGCUUCACAAAUUUAGUUUAUUUGGAUUUAUCAUACAACAAUAUACUCUCUACGGACGAAGACCUGCUAGCCGAUCUGCCUAAACUAAACUAUUUAAACUUGAGGGAGAACAAUUUACGCGAAGUCAAUUUACUUUUCAAAUAUGUCCCCAUGUUGCAGACACUUAAAUUAGACAACAAUAUCUUGCAAUCAAUAAAACCAAGCACAUUCGAUAGUUUGCAAAAUCUGGUAAUACUUUCUUUAAAUGAUAAUAACUUAACUGAGCUUCCAUCGGGAAUCUUUGACAAACUGGUCAAGCUGAGCCAUCUCUAUCUUAGCUCGAAUAACUUUCUCACCUUGUCGAACAACACAUUCAGCCAGCUAAGAAAUCUCGCAGUGCUUACUUUAAAUAAUAACAGUUUUAUAUUUUUGCCAAGUUACCUGCUAAGAAACAAUACAAAUCUACGAACCAUUAACUUAUCUUCCAACAGAAAAAAAUUGUACACGUUACCAAGUGGAUUUUUUAGUAAUUUAACGAAAUUAAGGAUAUUAAAUUUGGGAAACAAUGGACUCAUUUUUUUGCCAAAAGACCUUUUGUGGGGAUGUUUUUCACUAACUAUUCUCGUACUAAGCAAAAAUAAUAUCAAUACUGUGUCCGCGAAUUUAUUUCGAGACCUGAAAAACCUGGCAGAAUUAAACAUAGAUUCUAACAAACUUGAAAAAUUCUCUCUUAAUAUCACCCUGUAUCUCAAGAAUCUACAAAAAUUGGAUGCAUCAAAAAAUCGUAUUUCUUCCAUUAUCGAUCCUAAUGCUUUUUACUCCGUGCCAAAAUUGGAAGUAUUAAAUAUGGCAGAAAACUUUUUAAGGAAUAUUCCCGAUUACAGUUUCAAUAUAUUAUACAAAUUAAAGAUCGCUAAUUUUUCACAUAAUUUUCUUACAUUAUAUCAAAAAGCAAAUAUCUUUAUAGAUGAGAAUGGAAUAACAUCGCUUUUUGUUGAGUGCGUUUUAUUACAGGAAUUAUAUUUAGCCAAUAAUCGUAUUUCGCAAAUAUUCAGCGACUGGAAGUCUCUUCCUAAUCUUCAAAUACUAAACCUCAAAUAUAACUAUAUAUCCAAAUUAUCUAUCGACGAUUUGCAGUUUGCAUCGAAAAAUAUCGAAAUAGAUUUGACAUAUAAUAGAAUACAACAUGUCCACUUAAACAACGUCAAAGAGUUGUUGAAAGACGAAAAGUCUCAUCGCGCAGUCAUACUCAUUGACAAUAAUCCUAUAGAUUGCGGUUGCAAUAUAUAUGACUUUCUGCGUUAUCUCGAAGGCAAAAUGGAUCCCAGCAUCACAAGCCAUUUCAGUAUAAUACCAGGAAAUUUAACUUGUAAAACCUCAAAUGUUAGGCGCGUUACAGAAUUACGAUCUGAAUCAAUCAUAUGUGGAACAAAGAACUCAAUCACUACCCAAACGUGUCCCGAAACCUGCAAAUGCUUUGAGAAAAAGCACCACAAUGUUUUUAUAAUGAACUGCAGUAACAGUCAUUUUGAACGCAUCCCAAACAUCAGACACAAACCGCUCAAAUUUCAGAAAAUCGAAUUAGACUUUGACAAUAAUAACAUAAUACAAAUGCCGAAUCUUACAGAAUUGGGACCAGUGAGUAAACUUAUCUUAUCUCGUAAUAAAAUUUCCGAGAUCACCUUGGGUGGAUUGUCGAAAACAAUAGAGAUCUUGGAACUGCAUAAUAACAAUAUAUCAACAAUAUCUUCCGAUGUCUUAAAUUUUUUGAGCAACGCCACGAAUUUAAUUUCAUUGACGUUACGUAAAAAUCCAUGGACAUGCAACUGCAAUACUACAGAUUUCUUCGAUUUCGUUCUUAAGAAAUCCAAAAUUAUAGCCGAUCUGCAUAAUGUGACGUGUUAUGGCAAGAAUAAACUUAUAUCAAACGUGAAGGAUUAUUGUCCGGAUUAUAUGAAAAAUAACGAAAACAAUAAAACGAUUGACAAACAAUUGACAAUAAUGGAAAACGAUGCAAAGUACAGUUCCUCAUUCAUUUUCGUUUCUGUGGGAUUUAUUAUCAUUAUUUUUGGACUAUUCUGUUACAUGUAUCAAUCGCAACUUAAAAGAAAACUGUUUUCAUAUUGGUCCAUGACAGAAGAAGAAUGUGAAUCAGACCAGGAGACAUUGUACGACGCGUUUAUAAGCUACUCACAGAAUGAUCACGAUUUCGUGAUGAACAAGCUCGUGCGCGAGCUAGAAAACGGCUCGACACCUUUGAAACUUUGCCUUCCUUAUAGAGACUGGUUAGAAGGCGAGUCGACAACGACGAACAUUGCUAAGUCUGUGAAACUCUCAAAUAGACAAACAGUGAUGGUGCUGUCGCCAAGCUUCUUGGAGAACAUUUGGGCAGUGACAGAAUAUUGGGCUGCGCUUUGUCAAGCGUUGGACCAGGAUGAAUCGAACGUGACAUUAAUUCUGUAUGGUGAUAUAGAUCUCACUGACGAGCACUUAGAUUCAGAAUUGAAAACGUACAUAAAUUCAAAAAUUUACAUCAAAUGGGGAGAUCCUUGGUUCUGGAAUAAAUUGAGACAAUCGUUGCAGCAUAAUUUUAAGCUCAGCGCAAACCAUAGCAAACCUGUAUCGCUAUAUUAUGAAGCUCAUCAAACUUCGUGAAAUUUUCUUCAGCUAAGUAACGAGAUAAAAAUGAGAUGUUAAAUUAUUUUUUACAUCAACUGUGAAUGUGAUAAAUAAUGGAUUUUGGAUUUUGUAGAAGUAGAAGCGCUGUACGGAAAAAAAUGUGUCUUACUCUAUUAUUUUACAAUUAAUUAUGCAAUAAUGCAAAUUAAGUUAAAAUUAAAAAUAUAAUAAAUUCAAACAUGUUACAAAUUUAUAUUUGUAACACCACCUGCAGACACAAAACAGAAAUUGAGUUAUUCAGUUAUAUUAUAAUAUUAUAAUAAGUUCUUAAUAAUUACAAUGUUGAAAAAACAAAAACA